AUGCGAAGCAAAUCCUAUAAAUCGGGGCGUUUCGAUGUCAAAUACCACGAAAAAAAACCGGGCCAUCGCUCAAAUUACAUGGACCUCACCCACACCAGUGGCUUUCUGCUUGCCUGCUAUUUCAUUUUGCGUGGCCGGCCACAGAGUUUUUUCGCGAUCUUCGCCGUGAAAUGUGCUUCGUUCUCUCAGAUGAAUCGAGGGACUUCCAAAAGAUCUGCGUGCAGCAGUGUCGGCAUGCCCCAGCAUGCCUCUGUCAAGCAGGCGAACCAACUCUUAGAGAGGUCCGUCCUCCUGAUCUUUCUCGUAACCUCUCUCAGAGGAACUUGGUUCCUCGAACAACCCCGAGGAUCAUGCCUUGAAUUUUAUCCAACGUUUCGGAAACUGUUCAUGGCACUUUACAUCACCAGAGACCGGCCUGCAGUAUUCCGUGUCAGCUGGUGGAUGGGCCACUUUGCUUCGGCCACACCGAAGCGUCACUAUGGAUAUGCCAACAGUGCCAAAAUUAGAAGUUUGGACCGAGGAAAGCUGCACAUCAAAUCCUUCACCGAAAGUCAGAAAGUCCGGACCAAAACAACCAAAAGAAGCAUCAACCGUGAAGGAAAGGAGUGCUACACCGCAACAGCCUCUUUACGAGGCACCGAGAAGCCUGGCUGCCCCAAGUACUAA